AUGACGACGAUUGAUUUUCCACCGUUUACAGAUCUUCCUCUUGAUAAGAAUGGACCACGCGGCAAUGCGUGGGGUCGUUGGGGCCCCGACGAUCAGCUAGGCACCCUCAAUCUACUCACAGACGACAUUGUCGCCAGUGCAGCCAAGGAAAACAUCAUUACCGGCCAAAGGAUUUCUCUGGACUGGUCUAUGACUGGCGCCUCGUACCCCAAGUUUUCCCGGAAGCUUCUCGAGUUGCACACCAUUAACAAGGCACCCCUUAAGCAUGCUCACGAUGACGAAUGGAGCUUUAAUUCCCAGUGCAGCUCUCAGUGGGACGGCUUUAGGCAUUACGCAUACCAAGAACAAGGGCUUUACUACAUGGGACGCACCGCCGCUGACUUUGCGGGCUCUCCCGUAGCAAAUGGCAUACAACACGUUUCUCACAAGGGCAUUGCCGGCCGAGCUGUCUUCAUUGACUGGUACGCUUGGGCGCAAAAGCAAGGGGUUGUCGUCGAUGCCUUUUCAUCCCAUGAAGUUCCUUUCAACGAAUUGAUGGAGGCAAUGACCGCCCAGGGUCUCGGAAAAGACGUCUUACGACCAGGAGAUAUUGUAGUCCUUCGUUUUGGGUACCUCGCCCAGUAUGAGUCGAUGACACUCGAGCGGCGACGGGAAGUCGAUGAGCUCUACAAAACAUGUAAGCCUGAUAACAUAGGCGUCAAGCCAUCCGUUGAACUCCUCGAGUUCCUCUGGAACAACCAAAUCGCGGCCAUCUGUGGAGUUACACGAUCUCUUGAAGUCUGGCCAUGCAAGGACACGGAGUGGCAUCUGCACGAAUGGCUGCUUGCCGGAUGGGGGAUGCCGAUAGGAGAGUUGUUCUACUUGGAAGAUCUCUCCCGCCUCUGCUCGUCACUCCACCGAUAUGUAUUCUUUCUGUCGAGCUCACCGAUGAAUGUUCCUGGAGCGGUGGCCAGCCCACCAAACGCUUUGGCCUUCUUCUGA